UUCAGAUAACAAAGCUGUCUCCCUAACACUGUGCACGCGUCUUCGUUUGGGGCGGCUGGUACUCCGGCGUCCUACGCGGAGAACUGGGGAUACGAUCUGCUCGAGAUCAGGGCCUGUUCGCUAUAAAAAUGCCUAAGCCAUCGAAAUGGGCGCGCUCUCCGAAGUAUCCUCUUACGGAACAUCUCUACCAAAUCUUGUACAAGCAGCAAGCAGGGAAGAGACUUCCGCGAUCACAUAUCGUGAGUGAGAAACUCUGUGAUGAUGUCCUUAAACAACUAUCCCCCUAUCUGCUGAGGAACAAGCCCACGGAUAUUGUUGACCUCUUGCCUGGUGACGGCUUCUGGUCUUCCAAAGUCAAUAAUUUCUUGAAACCAAGACAACAUUUAUUAUUCGAAUCCGAACUCCCAAUAUACGGGGACAUGCUGAAUCAGCUUGCCGCUAAUAAUCCGUCCUACAAAAUCAUCGAGAUUCAGCAUAACUGGGUUAAUGAGGAUCACUGGAACACGAUAUUCGCGCAACACUUGCCGGUGCCUCCACCAAAUACUGCGGACGGUGUCAUAAAUGACAGUCUGUUGGUCCUUGCAAAUUUGACCUACUUCGUCCCGAAGGGCAGCCAUUUCACCCCGUCUCGAGAAUGGGCCCACUUCAUGUCAAAGGCUCUAAGGGGACUGCAGUUCCACCGUUAUGGCAUGGCUAGGAUCCUUGCUUUGAUGCCGACGGAGGAGGGUCAUCUAGUAAUGCCGCGAAGCGUCUUUGAUCGCAAAAGGCCUGCACUGCUGACGGAGGCGAUCGGCAAAGUAGCAUUCAGCGUUGCAAAUACCACCGACGGUGGAGCCUGGACUAGACUGAGGACGUGGGAUUUAAUGACAAAGAGCGCUAGUCGCGCUGCUGAGAGAGCUGCCGAGCAGAAGGUCGAAGUGAUCGAAGGGCGGGAACACCCACCGAUCCUGAUGGCCCCCGUGAGUGCCGAUCCGGGCAAGAAGCCAGCUCCGCAUGUGCCUCGUGUUAGACACGAGUGGCAGCAGAAAUACAUCGAGGUCUUGGAACUAGUCAAACAACGCGAAGCAGAAUUGAAGGCAUCAGGCUCCCCUCCCGGGAAGGACAAGAGGCUCACUGCGCUGCAUCAACAUUAUAAACGAUACCAGGUUCAACUGAACCAGGAUAAUCGGCGUUGGUUUGGUCGGAUCCAGUUAACAGAGAAACAGGGUGAAAUCGAUGAAAUGGAGAGAGAGCUAGCUCGAGCAGCAGCAAAUCCCCAGACAGAUCCGCAGACACUCAAAGAUUUGGACUCCAAAAUUGCUUUAAUGAGAGCGGACUGGGCUAAGAUGCGCGAGGAGCUUGACUACGUGGUACAUGAACGAGCCGAUCUCUAUAUAGACGAAAUGCGAGCAGCUUUGAAGACUGGGAGUCUCGAUGAUGCUGUCCUUCUUUGGGACCGCCGUCCCUUCGAACCACUGCAUAUCAAACACGAUGAAAUCUAUCCUGUGGGAGCACCAUGUACUAUGAUAUAUUUCGAACCGAACCGCGAUUCACCGUUGGUGAAAGCCCUAGAAAGCAUGGAAAGGGGCCGCGAGAAGCAUGACUUGACAGAUGUCACCGAGGAGAUCCUCUCCGUGGUCGGAAUGCGCAAUUCGCUUUCUGUCAACGAAUUUCUGAAUGCCCUGUUUCCGGAACGACCCAUUAAUGACAUUGUCAAGGCAGUCCCAAGUUUGGCGGCACUGGCUUCCAAGAGACUGAAGAAGGACUUUGACGGUUCGGUCAAAGGCUCAAAUCCUCAGGAGACGGACCCGAUAUACACUUACCAAGAAAUCCUCGAUUACGAUCUGAGCGACGUAAGGAUACGCAGCGUUCCUCUACUUGUUCUAUGGGACCUUAUCUUGGAAUAUAGCAAAUGGCCAGCCAAGGCUACUUCCACGCGACGCAUAAACACCAUUCUGGGUGGUUCCAUGACGGACUGGCAAUCAGCCAUCCUCUCAUUCAACUUUAAGGCCGGCAAAGCUUCUGGGAAGGUGGAUGUAUUGUGAUGACGCAGUUGUCUUUUUUCGCCGUACCCCAUUCAUGUUGCAUCAAUGGACUAUAGAUAUACAAAGCUUUGUCUUCUUUAAAGCAUAUGUAUUCACUGGUUGCUUUUAUCUAUAUUCAUGU